AAAUCGUUAAAUCAAUAUCGAAACUAAAUUAAACAAAAUUGUACUACGACUUUAAGAACUUAGUAACCAAGACCUUUUGCUGGCGCAAUCAAUGUCUGGAAUGUUAUUUAUUUAAAUGUUAUUAUAAUUAAGACAAAUGUCAUGUGAAAUUAAUAGAAAUGCCGAGUGAACCAACAGCUCGUUGGAUUGUUCCUCUGCAUGAUGGAAAUCGUGUAGUUGAAUUUGAACAUGGAACAGCAUCUGGUAAACGAGUUGUUCGUGUUAAUGGCAAGACAAUUAUUCAUCGUGACUGGAUGUUUCGUUUAGUUGGUGACGAAGAAUUUGUCUAUGGUGGUACCAAGUUUAUUAUUCGAGUUGAUCCAAUACCAGAAUCUUAUAUGGAUUUCAUAUCAGGUUUAAAAUACUCGUACACACUUUGGGUUAAUGGAAAAAGUUUCACUAGUUUUAUUCAGGAGCAGUCGAAAAUUCUUGAGACGUGGAUUGUUAGAAUUGGGGAAAAAAAAUAUAAAGUUAUAUUGGAUAAAAAUUCAUUGUCGGUUUGGAUGAAUGGAGAAGAAGUACAAGUUGAGAAUCAAUUUGUUGAUGACGGAGCAGAAAUGAUUUUUAAAAUUGAUGGAACUCAAGCUGUUAUAAGAUCAUACAGUUCACAACAAAAGGGUUUUGGUAUUAAAUACAUUCUCUUUGCAGACGGAAUCCAAGUUACAGAAAAAGGAUUAUUAUCUGACUAAUUAAUAAUUUAAUUAAAAGUAUACAAAUAUAUAUA